AUUUGUGGAUUAAAAAAACUUAAAUUAGCUAUUAAUGAUUAUCUUCAAAAUAUUGAAAAAUGGUUAUUACAAAAAAUUGAAAAUGAAAUUAUUUGUAUAGAAUUGUUUGAAAUUGCAUAUUUGGAUAAUGAUUAUGGAAUAAUUAUUUGUAUAACAUCUGAUUAUUAUGGACAAAAUGCCUAUUCAAAAGUUUGUGUUAAAAUAUAUGAAUUAGAACAUGAUAAUCAUUACUUAACAGAUAAUGGUCUAUGCUAUGCAAAGGUUCUUCUUAUUCUUCAGCUUAAUUCAAAAAAAUUGGAUCAACAGAAUAUUGAUUUUGCAUUUAUUUAUUGGUAUAACUUUGCAUAUCCAAAUUAUAUUCAAAAGCAAUAUUUUUAUAAAUGUGCUAUUAUUAAACAUGUUGAAUAUUAUACUUUAAUUCUUAUUGCUUUAAUU